CACUGCUGCUCGAACAAGACCGUGCAGACCUUCUUCUGUUCCUCUUAGCUUCUCUGUCUUCUGCGGGAGAAUCGCCUUCUAAGGCGCCACGAACGAAGGAAAAAUAAUCAUGUACAAGCACGCAAUACUCGCCGUUCUCGCAUGCAGCGCCUACCUGGUCCUUGAAACCAGUGCCCAGACGUUUCUGGCUGCACCGCCGGCCGUCGUAGCCGCCCCCGUGGAGGUGCCCCAGCCGUACUCUUUCGGCUACGUCUCCAACGACAUCGAGGGCAGCCACGGCCACGAGGAGACCGGUGACGGCAGCGGCCGCGUGUCCGGCCGUUACUCCCUGAGCCUCGGCGACGGGCGCACCCGUGUGGUCACCUACGUGGCCGACGAGUUCGGCUACAGGGCCGACGUGGUGACCAAUGAGCCCGGCACCGAGUCCAGGCCGGCCGCUGACACCACCUUCACUUCCAGCGCACUUUCCGGACCAGACGCUGCCGCCGCCUACGAGUCCACCAGGCUCGGUGGUGUCGUUGUUGGCCGUGCCUAAAUGAUGACAGCAGAAGGAGACCCGCUCUAGACGACAAAACACACAAACGUACACGACACCUUACACAAGAGACCGUGGUCAUCUCCAGAGACGAGCAGCCAAGUUCGAGGCGAAGCGUGCAAUUUAAGCCUUUCUGAUUCUGACGAACGAUGCUAGAUCGCUCUAUAGCAAGUAGAUGUGUGCAGUAUGUGCUAGAAAUCUCCCCGAACUUGGCUGCACUACGCAGCUUCCCUGCUUCUUGAUACUUCGUACCGCGUUACUUCUCUGCACCCCGCUGCCCCUUCCCUCUACUGGUCGCAACGACUUCGAUGCUUGGGAGGUCCUAACUACGUUGAGAAGAAACACAAACAUUAACACCGCCCUUGCCUCGCAGUUGUUGCGAUGAAAUGCGCCUACCACGUGUCCUUCUCGUCUACUUUCUCCCAACACUAUUGCAGCUUCCUUACUUUGCCAAGCUCGUACUGUCUACGUCUCCCGUGUUCUCUUUUAUCCGUUCGUCUUUGUUGAGCUCCUCAAACGGCAGCGUUGCAAGUACUUUCUGUUCUCGCAAAACAAAGCAGGUAGCAAAAUACUCUCCUAAGCUCUUUCACUUCAUCUACCCUGCUGGCUUUUCUGGGCUCUGGGAAGAGCAAACCGUGCAGUAGUUCACGUCCAUAUUUGUCGUCUCUGUCCAAGAAUACUUGUUGCCUGUAGUUCCUUGUGCCAUAUCCCUUAAGGCUUUCUCCCGCACUCUAUCCCAUUUUCCUCAAACUGUUCUCCCUCUCUCUUCACACCUACGUUGUUUUGUCCUUUGUUCUAUAGUGGAAGCGACGUGUUCUUCGUCUCAAAUGGCUAGUGGUACAUUAACGUCAGAGAAACAAACGUUACAUCUACACGAACAGUAGGUUCCCUUUGCUCCCAGAUGGAAACACUUUCAGCAUUGAUACCAGGGUCCACACAAAAUGAUUUCUUGACGACAUUGCGGCGCGCAUUGCUACAUGCGGUGUGUCGCUGCUCUAAAUUUAACUUAUUCUGCCCAUUCGCACAAGGAUACAAGCUGCUCAGGACGGAAACAUUUUCUUGUUUAACGGCUAAACCUUACUCCAGAAACACAAGAACAAGAAAACGACAGACACACCAAGCAUUUUGUAUUUUACAUAACAAGCCACACACUUUUGUAACACUCACCUUCAGACGAAUAUCGUACACUUUCCACAUCACUUAGCCCCCUUAUUGGUGUCAGUGCGGAGAGCUGAUUAUUUACUUGAAGAACCUGUUAUAACUAGAUUUUUAUUCGUCACCAAGCGCUCAUGUCAGCCGGGCAUGUGCUGCAAUAUAGGUGAACGGAUUCUUCAGUUGUGGUCGUGCUUCGCAUCUUAACAACUUUCACGGAUACCUGGAGUAUUUCGCUGACCUGAACGGAUUCUCUCCAUGCGAAUUUCCCGCGCUGCCUCGCUCAUUUCAGCGUUUCAGUUGCAAAACCUUUCGUUUGGCCUUUUGGUUUGAAACACGUUCCAUUGUUGUUGUUUUGGAACAAUGUCAUGUUCUACGGCUAGUCGAAACGAGUACGAGUCUUUGUCAAAUAAUUCUAGUGAAACGAAAGAUCGACUACUUUAUGCAAUGAUGCCCUCGGAGCACAUGUAGCGUGAGAGAGCCGGGUGGCAGUAACGGCAAGCUCUCGGAGCGUCGUUUGAAUGUUGCUUGUCGACAUUUUCAUUUAAACGCCUUCAGCUAGUCUGAUCAACACUGAACAUUGCCUGCUGAGCGGUGUAGCUACCUGCAGGGACGGGGUUGGAUCUCGAAUAUAGGGGUAGUAAUAUCGGCCCAUGGCCGACGGUCUACUGACCUCGAUGUACGCGCGAAAAGCAACCAUGAUUAAUUAGCGCAUACUCGUAUUACUUAUGUGACAUACUUUUGCAUGUAACAACUACAGAAUUUGAAAGUCGGAAAUAAACUACGUUUCUCUA